CCAAACCGAACUUUUUUCGUGUGUGCACUAUUUCAUCGGAAUAAUCUAGGUGAAGAGCGGUGCUCCUGCCAGGUAAAGUUGCCAAAGCGACCUCCCUGGCCGUUCCUACGAAGGAAAAAAAGAAUUGCGAAAUCCAACUUGAAAUUGGGCUAACCGAUGCGGAAAGAUCUUUAGGGAAUGACCUCAGGUAAUAAUCUUUACCGUUUUGUCACGCUUGCCUCGUAUAGUUUCAAAGUGGUCUGGUAAAUGUGAUUUCUCGCCCAGUAAUGCAAAUUUUUAAGUAUCGGAGCUCUCCCAAAUAUCAGAUCUAUCAGUGCGGUUUUCUCUGUUUAAUCAUAAAUGUAAACCCCCGGAGAGACGGUUUUUUUUGUGUGGGUUGUUAAUUUUGAUGGAGAAAGUUGUGGUGUGGCCCAUCUUUAGAUUGCAUGCUCUAAACACAAAAUACCAAAACCGAAUCACGGUCUCUAAAUCCGCAAUGCAGACACUACUUUUUAAUGGAAUUAAGGAUCAAAAAAAUCGUUUGACAGAUGCUUGUCUCACCAGGUUUGUUCGCCAUCGCCUAAAACAUGUAGACUGAAAAAUUCAACUUCGAUAAAGUAAAAUUAAACUAGAUCUGCUUUUCACGCGCGAAAUUUGUGGUCAGGAUUAUGAGCGUUGGGAAAUCCGAAGGAAAAACUUCAAACCACAAUUUUGGUAAAUUAUAGAACUUUAACCGCACCUCGGCCCUCGAGGUGUGAAAACAAGUUUGUCUAGGAGAUGCUAAUGGAGGAAACUAGAUUUUUUUUGCUUCCCUUGCCGUGAAACUACUGCACGUGAAAUCACAUGCACGUCUUUGCUUGUGAUUGGUUUAGCCGUUACGCACGAGGAACUGGACACUACUUAUCCCAUGACGCGUAUGGUAAUGUCGGAGCUUGACCAAGAGAAGAAUCACUGGAGUGGGGACGAUGAUCCACAAUAAAAAAUUACACUCACUGUCAAAGUCUCCCGUAGUAUUGGCAAUUUAUUUUUAAAAAGAUAAGACUAUAUCUAUUCUGAUUUUCUGACUGCGAACUGGAACAUUUUCAUGGCCAUUUCUUCUUCUUAACGCAAGAAAUAAGAAUAUCCCUAGCCCCUACUGGUAGGGGAUUGUAACUCCUGUUAAACCAGGUUGGCACUCUGAAGCCGAUGAGACUAUCACUAUCAAGCGAGCCAGCAGCGUGUGCUGUUAUAACUUGUUUAUCGUUUCUAAAGAUGUAGAUUCAAAUAUAUUUCGAAACAACUCGUUUUCUUGUGAGAACAUUGUUUAAGUGUGAAACCUUCGGGAGCUUCAAGAGGCUGUGGAAGGAUAUUUUAUCGGAGAAAGUCUUGUUUCAUCUCGAGAGUUGUCAGUUCCGGGAUAGUCGCGUUAAACCGUAGCUCGACGCGCCGUUGCUUUCGCUUAUUUCCCUUUCUGGGAGUUGGAAAAUCGAUUUGAGGAGUUUGGCUGAGUUUGAAUUGGACUGUACAGGGUCCUCAGUGUAUGGAUAUGGUUGUCAAGAUUAUGCAGGCCCGCUUUCCCUCUCAAUUUGACCUAGAAAAGUACUCUACUCCGUUGUUUGAUAAUUUACGGGAGAAGGCAAGGAAGAGAACUGCUCACGAAGCGUUUUCUAAAACUGCGGACGCACUAGAUGAUCUCGAACUAGCUCCGAGGAUUAAACGUGUCGUGCGGCGGCCACCGCCUGCUUUAACGAUAUAUGUGAGGAGAGAGAGCGAAAAAGCUUACAAUGCAAUAAUGCUGGAAGAAGUAACAGUCGAGAGCCUGAAACUGGCGUUGUCUGAGAAAUACGGCACUCCGUCAGAUUCAAUCACGAGUUUUGCUCUUCGAUGCAAAGAAGGGACAGCAUCAGAAAUUGACGAUAAAGCUGUGGAGGCCUUUGUCGACGAGGAUGAUUUUAUCAUAUCCCUAGACUACAAUGACAAAAUGGGAGUUUGUAGCAUAGUUUUGGAGACAUCGAGCUGACAAAUGGUGUCAGAGGUUAAUGGCUUGCUUUUCUACUUUGCCAAGUUGGAGGACAUAAUUUACAAGUUGUAUUGACUGUGCAUAUUUUAUGGAAAUUCUCUGCUAGUUAUGUCUACAAGGAGAAUGCAAUAUCUGUUUCUUUGCAAUGACAGUUGACUGUAAGAUGUAAGAGUGGCAUUUUUUUGUCACUCAGUGUUUAGGAGGUUUUUCUUUUCAAGAGUAUUGUAUUACUAUGAGGAAUUGUCAGUCAUGCAACUUUGCAUAUGUAUUUAGCAUGAGUUAACCCUUUGACUUCCAAGAUCUGAUCGUUAAUUCUCCCCUCAAGCUGCAACACAUUUCCUUUUAAAUUAGUUAUGAGAAUUUGGUGUUGACCAAGACAACAACUUCAAUCUUCUAGUUUGGGUAUUCUCAUUACCUCUUUGUUGGGUAAUGUGUAGAUGUUAUAGGGAGAAGUUACCAGUUGAUCACUUUUGGUCGUUUUUAAAUGGUUGUCCCUUUAACUGUCAGUAGAACUGUGUAACUUCCCCAUGCAUUAUCAGUAGAUUCGUCCACAGUGAGUUGAUGAAAAUAGACACCAAAUGAGCCACUAGAGGCUGUCAUUUUGACUUCCCAAAACAAUUUUGUCCUCUUGAGUUACAAGAAAAUAUAUGGAAGUUUUAAUGGAGAGUUAUGGUUCUCAUCUUUGUAGUUGAUGGGCUAAAUUUGAUGUACUCUCCUAGCAGGGAGUAAUGUUUGUGGCACAGGAAGUGCCCAUAUCACAAGAUUUGUAAUUUUUAUUUGUAGUAAAAUAUCUCCAGGACGUUCUCUGGAUAAGAUUGUAUAUUUGUACUAAGAUAUGAUAUAUCACUGGGAGAGAGUUGUUUUGUAAUUUAUUUCAUGGGAAAAAAAUCAACCAAAGUUAAGCGUUACUCCAACAAAAGAGUAUUAUUUCAGUCACAGUGUAAUAAUUUAUGUGCAAGCAAUAUUAUUCUCUUUGGAUAGUUUGUGAUGUUUCUUUUUAAAGAAAAAAUAAUUUUGUAUUUUAAUUCUUGUAGAACCAUUUUGAAAGAGAAACAUUGCCUCCAGACAAAGUUUUUGUUUGAUUUUCUGUUUCUUCUCUUUUUGUAUUAUUAUUUUAUAACAAAGCUGUCAAAUUUUAUGAUUCAGUGCUGUGUAAACUUUGCUUUCAUGUUUGAAGCAUGUCAGGGAAAUAUUUCUUUGUUACAGCAGUAUCUGACCUUUCUCAAGGGGUUAAAAUGUCUUUUAUUGUUUAAGAAAAAAUUAAAGCUAACUUUAGGAUGCAAGUA